AUGGCAGCUUCACCGCUGUUACACUCCCUUCCAGUCGGUUACCGUUUUCGGCCGUCGGAAGAAGAACUCGUUUUCUCUUACCUCCUAAACCGCACAUCCGGGCAAGCUUACACUGCGCGUCCACUCCUUCAGCUGCCCGAGGUUAACGUUUUGCGGUGCGACCCGAGCAGCCUGCCUUCCGAUGCAUGCUUCGACGGCGAAUGGUUCUUCUUCUACCGCCCGUCGCAGCAUGGCUCCAAGAAAGAACGUUCCGUAAAAUGCGGCGAGACGGUUGUCGGAUUCUGGAAAUCCACGGGAAACGACCACGCGGUGCGCCUCGGCGGGAGUAAGGGCAGCAGCAAGAACGGCCAAAAUGCCCAUUCAGACGGCGGCAUAACGGGAAUGAAGAAGAAAUUAGUGUACUAUUCGAAAUCCGGACCGAGCGACCACAAGGGAUCUAAGACGGACUGGAUAAUGGACGAGUAUCGACUCGAAGCGGAGGCCGGGAGCGAGCUCGCGGCGUUGGUGUUGUGCCGUGUUUUCAUCAAGGGCAAUGUCGCCCCGCCAAACGCGCCGCUUAACUCGCCUGUGAUUCAAUCGAAGCAGAUGACUGUACCGGGCGCGGGUUCUACAUCGGCGAUGGGUGGCGGCGACAACUGCGGCGAUGAGUGCGGCGAGCGUUUCGUCGAUCUUCUUCUCGCGAAAGACGAGGACGAGAGUGGCAUGACCGGUGGUGAUUAUAAAGGAUGUGCUGAUGACGAGGAGCGCAUGCUUCUAAACACGAUGAUGGACGCGAUUAUAAUCGACGACGGAGAGCGGUCCGCCAAAUCCGGAAGCGACGAUGUGACUGCGUCGGUGCAGCUUGUAUCGGAGGCUUUCGUGGAUUCUUCAGUGGAUAACUCGGAAAGAUUCGUCUCGGGAUGCGGCGGGAGCGCGACGGACGUGGAGGAGAGCGGGAGAUUCGGGGGAUUUCAGUCGCAGCACGGCAGCACCACGGACCUACCUGGUGCUUGCAACGGUAACAGCAGCAGCGCGUUCGAGAAAUUAUCGUCCGCAAGCUAUGAAAAUGUAACCAUGGCUGAGUCUCAAUGCGCUUCGGCAGCUGCGGGAACCUGGAAAGUUCCUCGCAGUCCGCAAAUGGUUUCCGCCGACACUGUCAGCCCAGAUGCUGGCCUAACUGGCGGCGCAACUGCUGGCUGCGCGUCCGCUGCUGCUGCUGCUACGCCAUCACUCGCCUCGGGAUUAGCGACGGCAGAUCUGGAGCAGCCCAUGUAUGUGCAUGGGCAUGAUGACGUCACCAUCAAGGUCCCGGAGCAUCCUAGCCAACGACACGGGUACACGUGGAUGCACAAAGUUCUAGACUCCGCCGAUGUUUUCACGCCGCGUGUCAGUUCCGAAAACGGCUCAGCUGCAAGCAAAAAAAGCUCGGCGGAGAAGUCAGGAGCCGGGAUUCACGGAGAGGGUAAAGGGUGCCAAAAGAGCGGAUCGCCCAACGAGGAUGGGGGUUUUAGAGACAUGUUUUCCGACAUGUUCAGUGCUCUCACUCCUAGGGGCCUGUCGUUCGGGAAGGGAUUCACACCUAAGGUGUUCACGCCCAUGGGAUUUACUCCUAAGGGAGCUACGCCGAAGGGUGGCUCUGGUUACCCGUUUGCGACACCGAAAGUUUUUUCGCCGGGUGUGGGACUGUGGCGGUUUCCGUCGAUGACGAAGAAUGGGAAGAAGCGGCCUGCGGUGACUCCGAGUGGCGAGUCCCGAUUGGCGGAGGAUCGUUUCGUCAGGGUGAAGCAGUGA